AUGGCAUUGACACCUGAUGAAGUAUCUACAAGUAGAAAUAAUGAGAUCAAUUCGCUCUCAUCAACUAAUAAAGUUUCUGUAAAAAAUGAAGAAACAAAAGGAAUUGAGAUGCCUUUACCGACAACAACUGAUGAAAAAGAAAAAAUAUUUUCAACUUCAGCUACAAACAAAUCUGAAGCCAAAUCAACAUCGAUAGAAAAUUCAAAUAUUAUUUCUUCUGAUGAAAUAAAUAAAGAAAAUUUUAAUAAUAAUCGUCGAAAUCAAUUAAAAUGUCGUUCAGUUAGUUUUGCUCCAACAGUUGAAGAAUUUGAAAUACCUUCAUCUCGUCAUUCUUCUUUUUCAUCAAAACGUCAUUCAGUUGAUUUUAUUGAUGUACUUGUCAAUAGUUAUAAACUUGAAACUUCAAAUAAUUUAUUUCCAUUAAAUGAAGAAAAAAAAUAUAUUCCUAAAACAACUCGUACACGUGUAAAUCGUAAUUGGCGUGAACAUCGUAUGAGACAUUUAAUGAAUAAAUUAGAAGAAUUAAGUUUAUGGGAUCGUGAAGAAGAAUUAAAAGUAACACAAGCUCAAUUAUUACGUGAACAAAAAUUAGAACAAAUACAAGAUCGUCAACGUAAUCAUGAUUUAUGUUUACAAUUAAUGCGUCAAAGACAUGGAAGUGAAAUGGAAAGUGCUGUUCUAUUAGAUCGUGCUGCAAAUAAUAUUAAUGAUGAAAGUACUAGUGCAACAAUAGCACAAGCAAUGACUUUAGCAUCACCAGCAAAUGUUCUUGCCUAUGAUUUACCAACACCACCACAAACACUUAAACGACGUGUUCGACAAGAACAAGAUAAAUUAUUAAAUGUUAAAACACCUAUUGGUCGUUAUCGACAAUUUGAAACAAAAAUGGAUAAUAAACUUGAAAAAAUCAAUCAAAAAUUAAAACCAGAUUGGGAAAUAAUGCGUGCAUAUGAUUCAUCACAUACAUCAAUACCAUCAACAUUUGUACCAUUAUUUAGUGAAACAUAUCUAGGAUUACUUUCAGUACCUGAUACACAUUCAUUCAAUAGAUACAAUCAACAUCAUCAUGGUAUGCCUUCAUAUUCACAUCAAUUACCACCACAUGAUUCUAGUCCUGAUCAUGAAGUUCAUCUUAGGUCUCAUGCAAAACGUGAUGUACGUGUACCAUUAAAAGAUCAAAUCAAUGAUGAUAAUAAUGAUGAAUAUAAUCGUUCACAAUUAAGUUCUAGUCCAUCAAAACGAUCAACAAAUAUAGUAUCAAGUACUGCUUCAUCAUUAUAUGAUUUUUCAACAUUAGAAAGUACACCAGGUGAAUCUUCAUUAAUUCAUUCUCGUCAACCAAUAUCAAAUAGUAUUCAUCAACGAAAUCUUAAUAAUGAUCUUAACACUACAAGAAAAUUAUCACUUGAACCAAAUGAAUAUAUUUCACAAAAAAUAACUGGAUCAUUAAAUGGUGUUUUAAAAAAAAAUCGAUCAUUAUCACUACCAACAAAUAAACAUGUUAAAUUUAUUGAUCAAGAUAAUGAUCAUGAAGAAAAUUUUAAUUCUAAUAAAUCUUCAAGAAUGACGCAUCAACCAGAAAUGAUAUCCCUUUCAAAAACACGAUAA